AUGGCCCUCGUGCUGCAGGGCAGCAACCGCAGCAUCCAGGCUACCGAGACGGGGACUACCUAUUCGGAGGGGUCGAAGGAGAACUACACCAGCAAAGCAGGGUUUGCGCGGAUCAAGGUGAAUCCCACAAUUAUGGUUCUGUGGCCAGAUAAUCAUUCGAUCAUAGGCCUACAAACCCCCCAAGGAGGAGCGCGCACCAGUGCCCGAGCCGGAGUGGUCGGAUUCCCCAGGGCAUGGAGGAGGAUAGGGAUGAUGCGCUGGAGACUUCGCUGA